AUGACGUUCCUCGACACCGCGAAAGCGCUCCUCGAAGCCUCGCUCCAGCCCUCCCCGACAGUCAUCUUCGCGGGGCUCGCCAUCGUGGUCCUCGUCCCCAUCCUACUGCACUUCAUCCUCGUCGCAGCAACACCGUACUCGACACUACCAUCCGUGCUCCUAGUCGGACCCUCAGGAGCGGGCAAGACGGCGCUGCUGACGCUCUUUGAGCGCGGGCCGCUUGCCACCCACACUCAACAGCAACAACACAAGGACGAAAAGCAGCGGCAACUGAACAAUACCGCAGUCGCGCUCACGCACACAUCGCAGGCGCCAGCGACGGUCGAGCUGUCCGUGUCGGACGACGGCGCGUCGUCGUUCCGCGACGACCUGGACGCUGCCGGGUCCGCGCACAAGAAGUUCCUGCUGGUCGACACGCCGGGCCACGCGAAGCUGCGGCGGCACGCGCUGGCGCGGAUCCAAGGCACAACGGCAACCACAGCAGCAGCCGUCACCACAACGACAUCGUCGUCGUCGUCAGACAGCAGCAGCAAGAGCAAGGUCAAGGCGGUGGUGUUCGUGGUCGACGCGGCGGCGCUAGCGGACGGCGACGCGCUGCCCGAGACGGCGGGGUACCUGUACGAGGUGCUUCUGAGCCUGCAGAAGCGCAUGGGCGCGGGCAAGGGCAGCCGCGCGCCGGCGUCGGUGCCGGUGCUGGUGGCGGCCAACAAGCUGGACUUGUUCACGGCGCUGCCGGCAGCGCUGGUGCGGAGCAACCUAGAGGCGGAGCUAGGGCGCAUCCGCCGCACGCGCAGCCGCGGCCUGCUCGACUCGGGCGUCGGCGCCGACGAAGAUGUUGCGGCGGCCGGUGCUGCUGGUGAUGAGAGUGAUAAUUGGUUGGGCGAGUACGGCAGCGACAAGUUCUCCUUCAAGCAGAUGCUCGAGUUCGAUAUUGAGGUGGAUGUGGUUGGGGGCAAUGUCAUUGGGGAGGGCCCUGGUGCGGACAGGUGGUGGCGGUGGAUCGCCGAGAGGAUCUGA